CUCUCCCGACUCGUGGCGGAGUCAACGGCCCGACGUCGCGGGCGCCGACGCGACUCCGGUCCGCCUGAAAGGAACAAGGGUCACUAGUGAGCCUCGUGGAUCUUAUUUGGGCACGCAUGCCGUUUCAUGCUCAAGGGGGCGCCGUCGUAAACCUUCGAACUUCGAUUUGUGUCCCCGCGCCGCCCGCGACAAAAACGACGAUCGUUUCAAUCCGGAAUUUUGUCUUACCAUGGAACAGUACAACGUCCAGCGAGUCCUGGCGACAGCGCUCUUUGGCGAUGUUGUCCUGUGCGAGGACAGACGUACCGGCGAUCAUGUGGCCAUCAAGCGCAUGCAUCUCGCCGCAGCGAAAGACCAAAAGACCCUCGUCGACCAGAAAAUCGUCGCCGAGAACGUCGACUUUGAAGCGCAGGUGAACCACACAAUCCACGCCGCCGGAGGACAUCCCCACGUCCUGCGCAUGCGUACAGAGUUUGUCCAGCACGACUACCUCCACUUUGUCUACGACUACUGUGAAGGAGGCGACCUCCUUGACAAGCUCGCGGCAGCUACACGUUUCGACCGACACACCGCGCUCACGUAUUUCAGCGACAUCGUGGCGGCUGUUCAUCGGUUGCAUGAGAUCGGGUUUGCCCACCGCGAUCUGUCCUUGGAGAACGUGCUGCUGGGUGGGGACAACGAUUGCCAGUUGUGUGACUUUGGCUUGGCUUGUGACGCAGCAACCAUCCAAACUGCGGUUGUCGGGAAGAAGUAUUACAUGGCGCCAGAAGUCGUCGCUGGAUCCAACUACGACGCGACCAAGGCAGACGUGUGGUCACUUGGCGUGCUCUUAUUCGAGAUGCUGUCGGGUGGGCCGCUCUUCAACGAAGCUGCUCCGUCCGACCCGCGCUUUCUCGUGCUGCAAUCGGAAGGAUCGACCAUACUAUUUCAAGACCUCGUGGACACUGACAUUGCCCAUCUCUUGGGCGAUCUCUUGUGCCUCGAUCCAUUGAAGCGGCCGUCGAUGGACACUGUCCUGCGGCAUUCUGUCGUCGUAAGUGCUCGGCUAUCAAAACGGACACCGCCCUCGCUCAUUUCCGACUGCAUGGCUGCCCUUGCCACGUCCAACAUCGUCGCGUAUCUCAACCGAGUAUUGUUUUCGCCAUGGCAGAAUCCCACAGCCGUCAGUCGUGCGGGAUAACCUUGUACCAAAUCGACUUUUAUUUAUUCGCUUCAUGGCAAGACUCCUCACGUCAAGCUUCAAAUGUUGAGCCCACCGCUCAUGGCUAGCCACACCGGGCGGUGCAUCGAUGCCCGUCGAAUGGUCGUCCUUCCGC